UUACAGCAGGCCAAUGAGGCUCUACAUCACCAGCACCAGGUAGCCGGGAACAGCCUCUUGCCUUUGCUCAGUUCUGGAACGGAGCCGCCUGAUCAGAAACCGGUGCUGCCAAUUCCCCUGGACCAGAAACCCCCCGUCAGUGCUGCAGAACUUCUUAAAGACAAUGUGGCCAGUGGGACUGGAGGAGGAGGUGGUGGAGGGCCUCCAGUCGCCGUGGUCAAAAAGGAGCCCAAAUCAAAGACACCCUUCAUCUGCGGCUACUGCAACAAGGCUUUCCGGGACAGCUACCAUCUCCGACGGCACGAGUCCUGCCACACCGGCAUUAAGAUGGUCUCACGGCCUAAGAAGACACAAACAGCCCCAACCAUGGUGCCGCUCAUAUCCACUGUACCGCGCGAGAACAGCGGAAACCCUUCAUACAUCACUACUGUAGCUGGUAUCCUGACUACAGCCACCACGUCAACAUCCACAGGCACCAGCAUCAUGACCCCGAUGCAGCAUCAACAGCAGCAGAGUAUCCCUAAGAAGCCCCCCAAACCAGUGAAAAAGAAUCACGGGUGCGACAUGUGUGGUAAGGCCUUCAGAGACGUCUACCACCUCAACCGCCACAAGCUGUCGCACUCUGACGAGAAGCCGUUUGAGUGUCCCAUCUGCCAGCAGAGAUUCAAGAGGAAGGAUCGCAUGACGUACCAUGUCCGCUCCCACGAUGGUGGAGUUCACAAGCCUUACAUCUGCUCUGUCUGUGGAAAGGGCUUCUCCAGACCUGAUCACCUAAGCUGUCACGUCAAGCAUGUCCAUUCCUCAGAGAGGCCGUUUAAGUGCCAAGUAACGGCUUGUACCUCCGCCUUCGCUACCAAAGACCGUCUGCGCUCCCACAUGAUCAGGCAUGAAGGCAAAGUGACCUGCAACAUCUGUGGCAAAAUGCUGAGCGCUGCCUACAUCACAAGUCACCUCAAGACACACGGCCAGGCCAGCUUCAGCAACCCGUGUAACAACAAAGGUAGGCCACCUCUCUCCUUUUACUCCUCCUCAGCCUCCUCACUACUCUGCCCACUUUUCCAGUUUAGAAACUCAUUCAAUCGGCUAGUAGAAACUAUGAAAACCCCUCAGCCACACACCU